GUACGCAUUGUUUACAUCUCGCGUUAAAUGUCAAAACAAACAUCGUCGUAAAUAACACUUAAAAGAAUUUACAUUUUUCUUUAAAAUAAAUCUUAAUUUAAUGAUUUUUGACUAUUUGAAGAACGUGUGACGAACGAGCUUCUAUGUUACCAAAAAUGGCAGAACUGAAAACAAAUGAUUCCGUAGCGAAAGAGGAAAAUAUCGGUUCGGAGGAGAAUACAGUGAUCUACAAAACAAUAUUCAUUAAGGAAGAAUCCGAGCUAAUAAAUGGUGAUCUUUUAGCAGACGAAGAUAUUAAGCAAGAAAUCAUAGAGUUGGGAGAGUACGAACUGAAUGUUCCCGCCGUUGAACCAGCGCAAGAGGCCACCGUGUCAAAUGAAUCUUCAGUGUCCAAGGAACCCGUAAUAAUGUUGGAAAAACGGCUGAGACAUCCUAGGAAUAUGCCGUACCCCAGGAAAGAAUGCGAGCAUUGUGGUAAAACGUUCGCCUUCCAAUACAAUCUGGCCAUGCACCGGGUCAAGGAACACGGAAGUACGGAAACACCUACGAAAAUUUGUUUGCCACCAAAGACUUCGUUGCCGCCAAACCUCCGCUGCGACCAGUGUGAGAAUUGCUCACCAUCAUAAGGCUCUCGCGACUCACAAAGCUAAAGUUCACGGCAUUGGAGAAGCCCCACCAAAAAGUUAUGUUCACACCUGCAAGCACUGUAAAAAUCAGGUAGCAUCGUGGAAAUCUUUGGUCGACCACCUGAAGUUCAUUCACGGAGAAAUCAUCGACCCGACGCAGGUCGCUCUAUGUCCAUUGUGCCUCAAGAGAUUUACUACGGCCGAGGAAUUGUCGGGGCAUUCCUGCAGCAGGAGAAAUCAAAGGAAAACGGAUCUUCCUUUCAAGUGCGAUUUGUGCGAUAAAGCUUAUUCCUUCCAAAAAGAUGUGUAUGCCCAUUAUUCCGUUCAUCCGGAAUACCACAACUUUAAAUGCGAUCAAUGCCCGAGCGGAUUCUUCAACAAAACGCACCUUAACAUCCACAAAAAGGCAUUACACGUAUCAAAAGACGAUUACCUUGAGUGUAACAUCUGUAACAUGCGCUACAAAAGCCAACGUGUCUUGAGAAAACACCAGAAACUUCACGCCAUUCGUGCAUACUGUUGUGAGUUUUGUGGCAAAAGCUGCAAGACUCGUGAAAGACUCAUAGCGCAUCAAUACAAUAAACACGGGAUUCAGGACGCGCUGCCAUACAAAUGCUCCUUUCCUCAGUGUGAUAAAAGCUUCCUCUACAACUGGCAGCUAAAAUCGCACGAGAAAUCUCACAUGAAGAAGAAGAGUCCGCUGAACGCACAGCGGGAUCCUGAAUGAUUUUAAUGCGUCAUGGCUUUUUAUGACUUUGAAUAAAAUUUCACUUGAUUUGGAAUGAAUAAAAGCAGUUUAAAUUAUUAA